ACUUUUUGAAUGGGAAUGUUUCGUCUUUACAAUUUCCAACAAGUGUUACGAAUCGUUAAAAGGCCACUAGAACGCACAGUAGGCCUCAAGAACUACCUUCACGUUCAUAAUCUGGUUCGUACGAUGUCACAAGGAAGGUCAGGCUCCAAGCCGCCCGGUCGUCCUCGGCCUUCAGCAAGUCUGAUAGUUGUCAAUCCUCGAAAUGAGGUGCUUUUGGUCCACCGAAACCCGAAUGCUGGAUCAUUUGCGAAGGCUCAUGUCUUCCCAGGCGGGAAUUAUGAUUCAACGCAAGACGAUUCCUUAAUUGUAACAGCAGUACGGGAAACCUUCGAAGAGACCGGCUUAUUACUGGUGUCUUCGCGUAAAGGAACGCUUCCUAAUGACCACGUACUGGACGAAGCGCGUGAUGCGAUCCAUUCACGGAAACUCUUAUUGAAGGACUUCCUUACGCAGCAUGAGCUGGACAUUGAUGAACGAUUUCUUUUACCCAUUACACAAUGGGUAACACCACCGACUGUUCCGAGACGUUUCCACACGCAAUUCUAUGUGGUCUUCCUAAACGCGGCAGGUUCAAUAGGGUUCUCAUCAGGCGAUAAGGAAGAACGACUACCUACUCCAGACAAAAGCCAAGAAGUCAUCGCGGCACGCUUCGUGCAUCCAUCUGCCGCAAUACAAGAGUUCAAGGCACGCAAGAUCGCCCUGUUCCCUCCACAGUUCUAUCUUUUGACCACCCUGUCCGACAUAUUACAAGGUUUGAAUAAUACUCCUGAUCAACGCGCUAGCGUAGAAGAAUUGUCGAGGGGCCCUUUUGGAAGGAUGAUUAUCAAUCCGCGGGCAUUGCCCAAGGACGACCAGGGGCGAACUACACUAACGUAUGAGGGCGAUGAGACCAGGAAUGGAUCUCCUGGCCGUCGGCAUCGCAGUGUAAUCACGUUUACGAGUGGAGGGCUCGCUGCGAAUAUUGAUUUGCAGCGUAAUUUUGACAUCUUCAAUGAGAUCGAGGAGCACACUUUCGCUCAGAAUGCGAAGCUGUAAUGUAUCUUCCCAAUUGGGAAGAUUAGUACGGAAUCUACGAGUACGAAACUAUUCCCCCUCAUGAUCAUCGCACGUUAUGCUGAUGUCAAGGUCUGACAAAGCUCCGAUGGAGCAUCUACUCGAGCCUCUCCUGUACCUUUUCGAAAUAUUUUCCACACAUGAGUUUCACUACGACGAUCCCCAGCCGUAUCAAGUGCUGGUCCCACGCCGGUCACGGACGGUUCAUGGUUCUUUCCGUUUUCCUGUGUCUGUACCUAGUCUGGGAGGCUUCGGACAUCUCGCCGUGAGGAUAUUCGUCCUAAAGAAUGCAUCCUUAUGUUUACUGUUUCUGUCUCUUCCGAUAGAAGGUAAGACCCUCACACUUGUGCUUUACUUACCGUAGCAUUCUCUUUGGUCAAUCAUCUCAUUACGCAAUGCUUCAUUCUAUCAUAAACGCC